CCAAUGACAAGAUGAACGAGAAAAAUCAAGUCGUGCUACUGCUGGCAGUUGUCUUUGGCAUUAGCCUGAUAGCAGCGAAUACCAACAGAUUCGUACCCAAUACCUUAUCGACUGUCAGAUCCGACAAUGUAAGCCACGUACCGAUCCUUCCAAAGCUAAAUCGUGCCAAGCGUGUAGCUAUUUACAAUGGUCAAGGCGUUGUGAAGUUUGUCGCUGGCGUAGCGCAUCCCGUCAAGCAGGUAGACAAAGAUCAAUCAUUUUGGUUCUUCUACAAUGUACAAAAUCAAUGGAUACCCACAACAAUUCCCCUUUAUUGGUGGAGUUUUUGGAAUACUACAGCCUUUGUGAGCACAGCCCGUGAGUUGCGCAAAGGUUUGCAGUCUACAAUACAUCACGAUUCUACACGAACUUGGCUCUACGAUGCCAUCGAAACGGGCAUGGAACAUUUGCAGGGCAGCGAAAGUGGCACAACUUGCCUGCUGCGCAGUAUAUGCGAAAUAUCCCAACUGCCCUUCGAUGAUGUCAAUAUCUUUAGCGAGAUUCUCAAUGCAGUGCUGAUACCAACGAUGGAUAAUGUGGCCGAAAAAUACAUAAAUGCUAGAGACGCUGGUCGCGCUGGUGCCGAUUGCAUUAAAACUUACAACGAAUGCAGCCCAAGGGUUUGGGACUUUUUAACGCACGUCACGAAAAUAUCUAUCUGACAAUCCAAAAAGUAAAGAAAAUAUAUUAUGUAACAACUUUAAAAGAAAUGGCGUCAUGUUUGUUUUUUUAAGAGGGUGUGUCAUUGCCAAGCAAAACUAGGAAACCUCCGACACAGGCGGAAGCAUUUUAACUUAAUGAUGCACAAUAUAGCGCGAUCCCUUCCUGGGCUUGGCUGUGUCAGCAAUACCAUUGUUGGGCAUCAACAAUGCAUCCACGAUGGUCUAAACCUUCCUCAUCUUCCUCAUGGAGCGACGUCGCCACUCUGCCCAGGCCUCACAAACCAUCGGUUUCUUCCAGCAAAUGCAUUCGCUCAAUGGCAAAGCAUUUGGCUUCAUGCGAACACAUUCAGAGAAGGCGGGAUAAGGUGUCAACGGCUUGCUGCAGAUCAGUGGUCUCUUUGUCUUCACACAGUCUGGCGGAUUGCGCCCAGCUCUGUGGCAGCGUCUUUUGAAACGUGGACAAUCCAACUUCUCCUUAACCGUGCAGUCAACUGGCUGUGGGCAGGCAGUUUUUGGCUUGUUACGUGUGCGACGUCUCAAAGGAGCAGCCUUGAUAUUCUCAAAGCAACAAAUCUUCUUUUUCUUGAUCUGCAUGGGCGGACAGGCGACCCAGGUCUGCCAAUACUUUCGCUUGGCCUUGUCCGAUUCCACAUAGUAGAUGUCGUCGAAGCGCGGAUUAAAUGGACAAUAGGGUGCAUCCUCAUCGCAGAAUGGAUUAAGCCAGAUCGAUGGCGGCUUUGUCAUCUUAGCCUCGUUCACCUUGGGCUGGCGUACUAGCAAAUUUUCUGGUCGUCCACAUGGGAAUUCAGAGAAUUUACCCUGCUUGCACUUUUCUUUCUCAACAUUGCCCUUCUUACAUUUCUUUGACUUGAAACGUAGUGUAGUCGCGAGCUGAAGCUUAUUCACUUGAC